UCUCAGGUCUUAUUUCGACGAUACCUGGUAUUGGAACAUAUGUGUCAGCUGCUACUGAUGCUGGACUUUUGGCUAUUGAUUUAAUGUCUUCUGCUAAUCAAAAACAACAAGAUGCUAACAUGGAAGAACAGAAUGGUGAUGAUAUACAUACAGAAUAG